GACCUCCACCUCCCCACUUCACUAGCUACUCCAGUCAGCUAAUCCCUUCCCGAAAAUAUCUCGCCGUCGUUGCGCGCGGUAGCUAGCUAGCUAGCUGCGCCAUCGACGACGAAGUCUCAUCCAUGGAGGCGGCGGCUGCGCUGACGACGACGACCGGCGCCCAGUACAGCUGCUGCUUCGGUCUCGCGCAUGGCGGCGCCGCACAACGGAGGAGGAGGACGGCGGCGGGUUUCGGGGCGGCGAGGUGGUCGGGGCGGCGGCUGCGGGCGCUGCCGCCGCAGGUGAGCGAGUUCCUCAGCCCCGAGCAGCUGGUCCCCGGCUCGCCGGCCGACACCGGCGACGUCUCCUCCCUCAUCCCAAUCAGUGCUCUGAUGCUGUUCUUCUACUUCGUGUCCAACUGGGUGGUGCCUGAGUUAAUCAUGAAGGAUUUGCAGGAGCCCAAAAAGGCUGAAGAAUCAGAAGAAGCUGCCUCUUCACCGGCAGCAACCAUGUCGGUCGCCGGCGACGGCCAACCUGAAGCUAAAAUCAGACUCAAGGUGAAGAAGACAAAGAAGAACAAGAAGGCUGCCAUGAAGGUGUAGUGCACACAAACAUGCAUCAAUAUAAUGCAUGCUAGUAUGUUAUUGCCCCCCUCAUGAUGAUAAUAGAUAGCAUCAUCAGUCAAAGAUCACACUAAAGUGCUAAUUAUAAUCAAAGAGAAGAUUAAUUCUCCAUCAGAAGGGGGGGGCUUACAUAUAGUAUGUACUCAUCAUGUUCUGAAUCUGUGAGCCAUUCAAUUGAAAGAUAAUUAUUCCAUUGCAUA